AUGUACUUCUAUACACUCUUCACUCAUAGGGUGCUUUUCCCAGGGAAGCCCUCGUGGACGCCCGACCACCUGCCCGACCUCUCGGCGAAGGUCGCCAUCGUCACCGGCGGUAACACGGGCAUAGGACGGGAGACAGUAAAGCGUCUACUCAUGAAGAACGCGAAGGUGUAUAUGGCCGCGCGCUCGAAAGAGAAGGCAGAACGAGCGAUCGCGGAGCUGCACGACGAGACGGGGAAGACAGCGCUGUUCCUGCCGCUCGACCUGAACGACCUGAAAUCGGUCCAGAAAGCCGUCGAGGAGUUCAAAUCACGGGAACCGCAGCUCGAUGUGCUUAUCCUGAACGCGGGGGCUCUCUUCCCCUCUAAAGAAGCACAAGUCACCGCGCAGGGCUACGAUGCCACCUUCGGAAUCAACGUGAUCGGACACUUCCUUCUCGUUCGCUUGCUCUAUCCCAUCCUCUCAGCCUCCGGCACCAAGCCCGACCCCUCACGCAUUAUCUGGGUCUCCUCCAUGGCAAACCACCUGCCCUCCGAACUCAGUUACGACGCCUUCCGCGACGGGCCCGCGCGCAAGAAAGCCGACCCGUUCGUCAUCUACGGGGAGAGCAAGCUCGCAGCGGUCAUGCUGAGCACAUAUCACGCCCGGACCAGCUUGGAAGACAACGUCGCCUCGAUCGCCAUCGAUCCUGGCUGCAUCAAGAGCAGCCUGUACCGAUCGAGCCCAUGGCACUUGCGACUCUUCGAUCGCUAUUAUUGGUACCCGGUCGAGUACGGUGCGGUAAGCUCCCUGUAUGCGGCGGGCGAACCAGGCGCUGCAGAGCGCAAUGGCAAGUAUCUGCAACCUUGGGCGCGACUUGCUGAACCCAAUAAGGUGGCGUUGGACGUAGGCGAGCAGGAGAAGCUUUGGACGUGGCUCGAGGAGCAAGUCAAACCCUAUCUCUAG